AUGCCUCCAUCUAGUAGCAUCCCAAUCUCAACCUCUCAUUGCGUUUCAAUCUCUCACCAUAACCGUUUCUCUCCUUCUAGAAUCUUCUCCCAUGCUCACACUCCGCGCGUUCUUCCCUUCCCGCACCGCCCUCACUCCUCCGCCUCCUCCGCUGGAGAUAGUCGGUUGCAUGCUCAACUUUCAAGGGAUGAGUUCCGCAUUGAUACGUGCAAUGAAAAUUCUGGAGGCGACAGUGUCGAACAGCUGCGGGAAUGGCUCUCAUUCUCUGAUCAUGGGCCUAAAACUGAUAUAGGAAAGCGGAUCUUCUGUAAUCGGCCAUUGAAUAUGAAGAACAUUGUUGCUGUGGGAUUUGACAUGGAUUAUACUUUGGCACAAUACAUGCCUGAAACUUUUGAAUCCCUUGCUUAUCACCGUACUAUUGAAAGGCUGGUUUAUGAUUUGAAAUACCCUAGUGAGUUACUGAGUUGGUCAUUUGAUCCAAAUUACAUGGUUAGAGGUUUGGUUCUUGACAAAAAGAGAGGCAACAUCUUGAAGAUGGAUUGCCACAAAUACGUGAAAGUAGCUUAUCAUGGAUUUAAAGAGUUAUCAAAAGAAGAUAAAGUUGGGACCUACGGAAAUACUUUAGUAUGUGAUCCUUUUGAUGGGCCAGACUAUGCUCUAAUUGAUACACUCUUUUCUCUUGCGGAAGCCUACUUGUUUGCACAACUGGUUGAUUUUAAGGACAGAAAUCCUGGAAAGUUUCCAAUGUCUGUUGAUUAUGCUUGUCUCUACAAAGAUGUUCGUAAUGCAGUAGAUUUGUGCCACCGAGAUGGAACAUUGAAGCAAAAGGUUGCAACAGAUCCCGGAAGGUAUAUCAAUGAAGACUCUUCAAUAGUUCCCAUGCUUAAAAUGCUUAGAGAUUCUGGAAGAGCUACAUUUUUAGUGACAAACAGUUUAUGGGACUAUACAAGUGUUGUGAUGAAUUUCCUCUGUGGAUCCAGUGUGGUAAAUAGCAGUACAGGCUUAGACUGGCUUCAAUACUUUGAUGUUGUCAUCACUGGCAGUGCAAAACCAAGCUUUUUUCUUGAGGGAAAUGAUGCUAUCCUGUUUGAGGUUGAGCCUGAGAGUGGAAAGUUACUUAAUACAGAUAAUGGUUCUCCUAUGCCUCAGGUGGGUAACAUCUCAGCAGGGUUGUUGACAAAAGUUAAGGACCGUGCCCGUAAGGUUUUCCAGGGAGGCAGCGUCAAUCAUUUACAUAAUCUACUUUCAAUAGAAUCAAGUUCACAGGUUCUGUAUGUCGGAGAUCAUAUUUAUGGAGAUAUACUACGCAGCAAAAAGGUUCUUGGUUGGAGAACAAUGUUAGUAAUCCCAGAGCUCGAGAGGGAGGUUCAACUCCUUUGGGAAUUAAGGGAUUAUCGCAAGGAUCUUCGAUUAUUGAGGAGCAAGGAUGAUUCCAUUGCAGAUAAAAUGCAUGAUUUGAAUCGGUCUCUCAAAUUGGAGAAUCCAGAUGACCAUACCAAGCAUAAGUUGAAUUCAAAACUAGACGAAUUGAAGCUUGAAAGAGAGAUGGUGCGAUUAAGUAAUCAAGAAAUGCUAAGAAAAUUACACCUAAAGUUUCACGAGCCAUGGGGCCAGCUUAUGAAGACUGGUUAUCAGAACUCUCGCUUUGCCCAUCAGGUUGAGAGAUUUGCCUGCCUUUAUACAAGCCGGGUAUCUAACUUGGGCUUGUUAUCUUCAGACAAGUACUUUAGACCCAGUGAAGAUUUUAUGCAACAUGAAUAUGGCAUUUCGGAAUGCUGA